AUGCUGCGACUGGGACGUGUAUUGAGAGUGAGCGCCCAGCUGCGCUGUCUAAGUCAGUCGACUACUGCGUCUGGCGAUGCUUUGCCCAAGCGCUGUGAUGUGCUUGUCAUUGGUGGUGGCGGCAUGGGCGCCUCUUCCGCCUACUGGCUUAAAAGCAGAGCUCAAAAGCUGGGAAAAAAACUCAAUGUGCUGGUCGUAGAGCGAGAUGCACGCUAUACAAGCGCCUCGACGGUUUUGUCUGUGGGCGGCGUACGCCAGCAGUUCUCGCUGGCUGAGAAUAUACAAAUGUCGCUGUUUGGCUAUGAGUUCAUUAGCAACUGUCGCAGCCAUUUGGGCGAUGUAGAGCUGAACUAUCGUCCACAUGGCUAUCUGAUUUUAGCCUCUGCACAAGGCGCUGAUGUACUGAGUCGCAACUCCAAGCUGCAGUGUGAGCUGGGCGCGCAGAACGAGCUGCUAACACCGUCGGCUUUGCGCCAACGCUUUCCCUGGAUGAACACCGAGGGCAUUGAGCUGGGCUGCUAUGGCACAGCCAAGGAGGGCUGGUUCGAUCCUUGGGCUUUGCUCAUGGGCUUUAAGCAACAGGCGCGCGCACAUGGCGCACAAUUUGCCAAUGGUGAGCUCGUUGGCUUUGAAUGGAACGCAGCUGGUCAGCUUAGUGGCGCGCUGGUUAAGUGUGAUGAUGGCGCACCACGCAGCGUGCAGUUUGAUACUUGCGUGCUGGCUGCCGGUGCGCAGUCUGGACAGGUGGCGCGACUGGCUAACAUAGGCACAGGUGCGGGUGUGCUGGGCGUGCCGCUGCCCGUGGAGCCGCGCAAGCGUUAUGUUUAUGUCUUUGGCACGCAAGGCAGCAACUGUCCAGGCAUGGCUACACCGCUAACUAUAGAUCCCGAUGGCACUUACUUCAGGCGCGAUGGCAUGGGUGGCAAUUUUCUUUGCGGACGCAGUCCAACGGAGGAGGAGGAGCCUGCUUGUGAUACGCUGGAUGUGGAUCAUGGCUACUUUGAGACAAAUGUUUGGCCUACGCUGGCGACACGUGUGCCCGCCUUUGAGUCCAUCAAGGUGCAGAGCAGCUGGGCUGGCUACUACGAUCACAAUAGCUUCGAUGCCAACGGUGUCAUAGGCAAGCAUCCACACUAUGCUAAUCUUUAUAUAGCCGCUGGCUUUAGUGGUCAUGGCAUACAGCAGACGCCAGCAGUGGGUCGUGCUAUAUCCGAACUUAUACUGGAUGGCAAAUUUACCAGCGUGGACUUGCAGCGUUUUGGCUUUGAGCGCUUGGUCGCCAAGCAGCCCAUGCUGGAGGUGAAUAUUGUCUAAGUGCGCGCUUACUAAAAUUCUAAUUAAUUGUAUGUACUUUCGAUUUAUUGCAAUUGUUCUUGUUCGGUUUGUUCGGUAUGUGUAUAUAUUUGUAGUUUCUGUUUGUUAUUAGUAAAGUUCUGUUUUUUUUUUAAUAGCCUUGGUUCAAGUUUAUAAAACGAAUCGUCAGAUAACUUCGUGUACUUGUUGUAUGUGUGUGUGUCUACAUAUAAUUUAAUUAAAAUGUGAAUUUAAACGUAA